GUUCAUGGAGAACAACAUGUCAUCUCAAUGCAAUUCCAGCCAUAAUGUGACCUUCUUCUACAAACUAGUAGAAAAGGAGAUCAGAGAAAACUGGACUACACGGGACUCCUUAUUACUCGGACUAGGUUUGCCAUUUUCUUUGAUAGUGGUGCUGGCCAACCUGUUGGUGAUGGUGGCCAUCGUCUUAAACCACCGCUUCCACCUCCCCAUAUAUUACUUGCUGGGCAACAUGGCAGCAGCGGACCUGUUUGCAGGUUUGGCCUACGCUAACCUCAUUCUCAACACUGGCCCCUGGACUCGGAGGCUUUCUAAGACCCAGUGGUACAUCCGUUCCGCUUUGGUUGACAUCAGCUUGACAUCCUCUGUAGCCAACCUUCUGGCUGUAGCCUUUGAACGCCACCAGACCAUCAUCACCAUGCAGCUGCACAGCACCAUGUCUAAGAGACGUGUGCUGCUGCUCAUCGUCUCCAUCUGGGUUGCUGGAAUCAUCAUGGGUCUGGUGCCAUCGCUGUUCUGGAACUGUGAAUGCGAUCACAACGACUGCUCUACCAUCGCCCCACUCUACAGCAGACGCUUCUUGAUUUUCUGGGCAGGUCUCAACCUACUGACAUUUUUCAUUAUGGUGAUCAUGUACUCCCGCAUAUUCUUCUAUGUGAAGUGUCAGAAUAGGAAUGUGUCCCCUCACACCAUGGAGGAACGACAGCAGACUGUCAUCAACCUGAUGAAAACCAUUUCUAUGGUUCUGGGUGCUUUUGUGAUCUGCUGGACACCUGGCCUCAUUACUCUCCUCGUGGAUGGGCUGUUGGGUAAAAAUAGCAACGCUAAGAAGUAUGAGAAGUACUGUUUGGUGAUAGCAGAGUGCAAUUCUUUGGUCAACCCAAUCAUUUAUUCCUUGCGGGACGUUGAGAUGAGAAAAACUUUUAAAUGGAUCCUUUCCUGCUUGUGUCGGAAAGGAGACUGUCGGCAGAGGGAGUCUUUGCCAACAGAUACUGGAUCUCAAUUGACAGAGAAAACUCUUACAACUCUUCAUACGUACAUGUUAGAAGAUCAGGUGUUGUUGGAACCAGAGGACACAAAGAGAUAACAUAUGUGGACGGCGCCUGGGGUAUAAUGGAGGAAAAAGCCAGCAGUUGUAACUCAAGUGUAUAUUUUUGAAAUUAAACAGAAAAAUACAUAUUUUUGCAAUAGACAAGUUUUCCCGUCUCCGAAUGUUUCUUGGUGGAGCUAAGAAAUUCACCUUAAUCAACAGAUGGUGCAAUCUCUCCUUUUAUUACAUUAGACUAUCACAAGAGCAUUUGUGACAACUUAGAAAAUGAAACACUUCUAAAAUGAAAUACUGAAGAAAAAAAAAA